GUAACAGGGUUGAUUACCACUGCACUACACAAACAUAAAUGUAGACCUCUAUGUGAAAAAUAUUAAUGUCCCUUUGGAAUAAUUAAGGACAAAUGUUACACUUGAAUAUUUUUGUUUAACUACUAGGACUAUAUGGAGAUAUCAGAACGUGGAAAAACAUCUGGAUUUAAGUGCAUUUAAUACUUUUAUUUUGACACCCACAGUCCUUGCAGACACGAGAAGUAAAAAAACCUACUGGUUUAAGUUUUGUGAAAAUAGCACAGAACUGUUCCAGAUCGUCUUCCGUUGGCCAGUAUUAGAUCUUUUGUUGCAAAAUUGAGUUGGCUUACUGGCCGUUUUCAUCAGGACUACUCAGAUGAUUCCAUUAUUUGUCUGUACUAUUGGAGAGGUAGGACCUUAACCCAGGAUGCACCCAGACCUUUCUCCGCAUUUGCACACGGAUGAAUGCAAUGAGCUGAUCACGCUACUGAAACAAUGUCACAAGGAGCACAACGUCCUCAGGUUCUUUGGGACUUGUAACGAUAUUGACCGAGCCAUGCGGCAGUGCCUGAAGAAAGAGCCCACAGGCCAAGCUGUUACCGCUAAUUAUGCCUCGCCCUUCGGGGCUAUUAACGGCAGUUGGCAUUGCACGGCCUGGGUUUUCUCCCAGACCAUCCAUGCACUAGAUUAGUGUGUUAACAGGAUGAGUCACCUGCAGCCCUCCUGUUGCACUUCUUGAAAGUGUAGCAAUAUUAACCCUGGAGUCCUGGAGUCCCACAAAAACUGGCACUCUGAAACUGGCCAUUUUGUCAUCCCCCUACCUCUAUCCCUUGCAUUACCAAACAACCGUGGUCACCAGGUCAUCACUGCAAAUGAGAAUUGCAGUCUUAGUUGUUCUAUUGGUAAAUAAAAAAAUUUAAAAAUCUUAAAUAUAAUAGUGGUCUGAAUGGCUCUCUUUGCUGUUGAAUAAAGUGCUCCGCCCAUCAAUGGGAUGAAUGUAACUACUGUCUGUCCUGCAGUACCAGGUGAAGAGGCAGCGGAGCUGGGAGCAUGCGCAGGAGAUGAAGCAGAGGAUAAAACUGGGCCCUAAGGAUGGGACUAAUAAAGACUGAGUCAC